ACGUCCGCGGAACAAAGCAAUCGAUGAAUUUUGCUGUGUAUCACGAUAAUAUUAUUUUUCUUCCGAUAACACUACACGGCAGACAUGAAUAAGCGAUAAGCGAAUUCUCUAAUCUUGGCGAGCAAAGAUUUUUGAUUAAUCUCUCCGUCGGUGUAGGAUAGAAUCAUAUUACCUUUUCCUUUUCUUUUCUCUUUUUUUCCUCCUUUCAUUUUCCCUUUUCGAGCCUGCUAAUGAAUUCCAUGAUCAUUUCGAGAAAGAGGAUCGAAUCGAAAUCGAAAAGGAACAGGCAGAUAGAAGUGGAUCAUCUAGAUUUGAAGAACGUUCAUUAUCGUUAACUGUGGUGGCUCGGUGUCGAGUAAUGUACGCGAUUGAACGGCAUCGAGUCAACGAUCGUUUCGGUACGACACGCGAUGCGGCCGCGGAGAGAAUAAGAAAAAUUUCCGUUUCGAUGCGCGACGUGACGGCGUUGUGUCUUGCGGCUCGUGUUUCGCUAAACUGUCGGUAAUCAUUCUCCUGUGAACAAAAUACCAUUGAUUUAACAAAGUUCUUGUUAUGGAUACCCGCACGUCCGUUCAACGGGAAUAUUUUCUUGUCUGGGAUUAUGUAGAUGACAUCGAUGGAAGCGUUUUCAAACCCUCGCAGGAGGUGAAGGGAGGAUGAAGAAUGCCCCGCGUCGGUGGAGACGGGGGUGGCGGGUCGGAGAAGGCAGGGGGGAGUGGAUUCGGAGGAUGGCUCGGGGGUGCAGCGAGAGCCAUGACUGGGGCAACCGUUGGUGGCGGAUACGUCGUUUUAGGGGGCACCAGAUACGGUCUCCGACUUUCUCAGGAAAGCUUGCCGCCAUCAAACUCGCGGGAGGAGUCGCAAGAGAGAAGACGGAAGAGGAACUCCCGGGAGAACGACUUGCGAGAGAGAUUGACGGAGAAGUCCCUGGAGAAUCCGGUGCUGGACCUGAGCUCGAGCAUCGCCGAUUGCUGUUGCAUCGGUCCGCGUUCCCGUCUACCGUUGCCGAGGAUCCCGCCGUCGUCGACGGGGACGUUGGCAGCGACGACGACGGUGUCGUACUCAUCGCCGUCGGCGUGCGGUGCCGACGGAGGAGGAGGUGUAGGUGGAGCUGGAGGUGGCGGUGGAGGAGUAAGUGGUGGACAGGCUCCUUUUCCUGGGCCUCCCACGUCUUCGAACAGCCGUGCCGCCGGCAUGGAACAGCCGGCGACGCUGACGACGCCAACGACGUCGGCGCAACCGUUGGUGAACUCUAAUAAUAACCAAGGGAUGCUGCAAACGUCGGUGGGGAACAGUACUGGCCAGCACCAUCCACCACAAUCGUCCGCAACUCUAACGGCAGCGGUACCGUCGUCGUCCUCGUCGCCAUCCUCCUCGACGUUGUUCAACACGUCGACCGCCGUCCCGACGCUGCAGUCCGUCUCGGUGCCGCGUCAGCUCGCGCAGUGGACCAAGCAUCAGACCCUGAAGCUGCAGGAACCAGCAGUGAUAGCGGUGGACCGAUUGCACAGGUUCCGAUGGAGCGGGGGCGGAGGAGGAAGCGGCAAGAAGUCCUCUUCCGCCCCCCGGAGCGACAAGGCCGAGCGCCUUCGAGAGCUCACCGAAAAACUGAAAGGACCAGCACCGGUGCCGCCACCGAGAAGACCUUCCCGGGUUCAAGCAUCCUCUCCACCGCCGAGUGGUUAUUUGCCAACCCCGCAAAACUAUCCGCAAGCAAUUGGACAAGGAUGCGGCCGUUGCGACAGCCGUCCUACAAAUCGGAGUUACACGUUCAGCGAGGGCAACAACCAGCAUCCGCAACAUCAUCUGAAGACGAUCGGCCGAAGUGACAGUGUCGGUGAAGAGUGUUUCAGUGAGCCGGGUAGGGAUGCGUGCAGAAAGACUAAUACCGAUUCGAGGAGGUCCUUGCGAUCGGGCAGGCAACACGACAGGAGCAGUGGUGACGUAAGUGACAUAAAAAACGAGCUGAACGCCAGUGUGAACGCGGCAAAACAUUUGAGACAGUACAGUGAUUCGGUGGUGGAUAGUGCUACGUGUAUGGACGAUUUGUGCGACAACCUGAACGCCGCGUCAGGUGGGAACGAGGGCGAGGCUAGGGACGCCAUCACCAGGCUCGAGCCUAGAGGACCUCUUCUUACCUUCCACAGGGCUGGUGCACCCUUUAGAAGCGCCUCUUUUGGACAGGUGGACUUUAACCAAGUGAAUCGAACAAAAGCUCAGCCAAUAGCCUCGUCGAAUCGGACUGAGAACAAGGAUGUUCGCGCCAGCACGUUACCACGAAGGCGAGGGGAUGUCAGUCCGGUCGUCUCGACGCCGCAGAAUAGCCCCAAUCGUCAAAGUCCACGUACAUCGACGCCCAGCGUCGACAGCGCUGUCGGCUCGGCGGAAGGCUUGGGCGUACCGCAGACCGGAAAUCACGAAGAAAUUCGACCGAGGAGCGAUGGUUCCGACAGUCUGGCUACCUCCAGUGCCCUCACCAGCCCGGAACCACCGGUGCCCGAGAUUCACGAACCGAGAGUCGAUCUCGUGCAACCGGACGCACUUCCGAUUGAAAUCGUUACAUCCGAGCCCGUCUUUCCGCUCGUCGAAAACUCGGCGAUCGAAGAAACCGUGCAGAAAGAAAAUAGGAUAGAGCCGCACGAAGUGAUAAUAACACCGCCACCGGAGGAGCCACGGUUGAGCCAGGCGAGCGAGGGUAGCGAAGCAGCCAGCGAGGCACCCUCGGAGACGUCCUCGCCGUCGGGUAAAACGAGAAGGUACCGGGGGGACACCAGCAAAAGGAGAAAGGGCGUGUACAUAACCCAAUGGCCGGAGCCCUUGGACACCGACAGGAACAAGCUGUCAGCUCAGAGCAGCGAGGAAAGAGACGAGCCACCUGCGACGCCCAGCGACCUCUCCGACUGUGAGGGCCACACGCCUAGAAGAUACAGUAAGAGGCCUCUGCGCGGUCCCUAUGGGCAAAUGCUCGAGGCCGAAAUGGCGAAGCCACGUGCCACCGACAUCGCUCUCGAAGAAGGUCUUCGUCCGCGUAGAAAAGUUUCCGCAAAUCUCUCGUACAACACCAGCUCGAAUAACAGCGGCUCCGAGCCGCCCACGCCCUGCCAUCAUAGAACAACCUCCAGCCCGAGCAAACUCGAAGGUCUUCCGGGACCAAGUCCUGAACUCCUCGCGGAACUACUUCGAGGAUCCUCGGAGAGGGUGGCUCGCGCGCCGGUGCAUCGAAAUGAUACCAGAACUCACGUUGUCGUGGAACUUUAUGAUACGGAGCGAUCAUACGUGGAGGCACUGCAAAUACUAGUCAAUAAAUACCUGCAGCCAUUGAAGAGUUCCGAAAAUGCCGGCUUGGUGGAUGCAGCGACGGUGGACGAAAUCUUUUAUCAGAUUCCCUCUAUCCUCAAUCAUCACGAAGUAUUUCUGGAGGAACUGCGCAAAAGGCUUGAUACUUGGGAACUUAAGCAGACAAUUGGCGAUGUCUUUCUCGAUGUGUUCACGAAGCCAGUCGUCCUGGAGACGUACACCCUUUUCCUUGAUAAUUGGAAGUCCGCGAGGAAGGCGAUAAAGACGACUUGUCAAGCGAAACCGGCUUUCGCACGAUUCCUCGAGACAAUGGAACGAGAGCACAAGGGAAAACUCGGAUUAGAUCAGUUACUGAUCAAACCGGUGCAGAAGAUACCCCGUUACGAGCUGCUCAUCCAAAGACUGUUGAAGCACACCGAUACAUCGCAUCCAGACUUUGAGCUGCUUCAAGCUGCCCAGAAAGAGGUACACGAGUUAGUUGUGAAGAUCAAUUGCACGGAAAGGGAGUCCCUUGAGUGGGAGCAACAGCAAACGACUUUGCGGGAAGUUCAGGCGCUCGUAGAGGGUCUUGCUGGCAUCGUUACUAACGACAGAGCUUUCGUCCGUCACGAUCUGGUCACCAUUGCCUCAAACCAGGGAACGAGAAAGGAACGCGCGUUGUUCCUGUUCUCUGAUUUGCUUGUUAUCACCAGUAUCAAGAGGAGAAGCGGAACUAUCAGAAAACCGUCAACAAGUUCCUGCCCGAACAGUCUGGUCGGCCUACUGGAAGCAAAUAAGUACAAAAUGUUAAUGAGAAUAGCACUGGACGACCUAGAAGUUAUGAAAGCCAAAGAUGAAAAUUUGAGGCGAAUGGCUCGUGAAGUAGACCACCUUCGAGAAGACUGUGUUACGUUGACACAACUUCAGGAAUUGGCGUCAACGUUGCAUAGCGCGAAGCAACAAUUAGAGGACAUUAUCAAGGACAUGCUAGGACAGGCGCAACGUCAAUUAGCCGAGAGGAAUGCGGCACAUUCGCAAUUGGCCUGUUUGGAAUUAACGCUUAAUACACAAGCCGGAAUCGAGAAUAUUUCCGUUAUGUUCACGAAGCCAGACAAGAGGGCCAGCUGGGAGGAAAGCUUUAACGAGGCCAAGCAGAAGCUAGCGUUGUCCGCUGAUAAGAGACCUUGCCCAGAGUUUGUGGGUCCUCUGCCAAUCCGAAAGACUCGUGCAGGCUUACAGUUUACCUGCGCUGCGCCCACUUUGACCAACGGACAAGUAUCCAGGGACGUUUGGGUGUGCAAUAGCGACGGCUACGUCGGCCAGGUCUGCGUACUGAGCUUAAUGCCGGAACCGCCGCAAGUCACGUCCUGCAACGGUGUUUGCAACGCCAGGAUUCUGUGCGUCGCGGGAAUCCCGGCGUGCACGCAAAGAUCGAAUUCGUGCGUGACUAACAACACUUCGUACGCGAACAGUAAGAGCGGCAUAAGCAUAUCGGUCCAGGAUGUCGAUGCCAGUGGCGGGAACAUACAGUUAGAUAGCAGCUCGAGCUCCGAGGACUCGGACUCGGACGACAUUCCAUGUGCAGAUACGGGUAGCCUGACCUUGGGCGGCGACGUACCAAGUAUUGAUAGUUCUACGACAGAGGAGGACACCAAUCAACCCACUAUGUGGCUAGGGACGGAAGACGGAUGCAUACACGUCUACAACUGCAACGAUAAUAUCAGAAUAAAGAAGAACAAAGUGAAGCUACAGCAUAACAGCAGCGUGCAUAGCAUCAUAUAUUUGGAUAACAAAGUGUUCGUGUCACUUGCUAACGGGGACAUUACUGUCUACGCUCGAGAUCAUUAUCGUAAAUUUGUAGUGGGUGGUUGGAACACACCAGAACCAACGACCGUGCCGGUAGGGACACCAGCGUCUCCGAUCACGAGGAUGCUUCCGGUAGCAGGGAAACUUUGGUGUGGCUGCCACAAUACCGUGAAAAUCGUGAACAUCCACACAUUCGACAUCGAACACACGUUCGCUGUCAGCAACGACACGUCCAUGUCAGUUUCCUGCAUGGCGAGCUCCGGUGGUCUGGGAGUCUGGAUCUCUUUGCACAACAGUGCCGUGCUGCGACUAUUCCAUUCUACCAGUUACGAGUGCUUGACAGACAUCAAUAUAGCUCCAGCUGUCACCAAAAUGCUUACCACAGGUUGCGAUGACAUAAUACGACAGCACAAGGCUGCCUGUCUGAGAGUUACCGCACUUUUGGCUUGCAACGAGUUGCUUUGGAUCGGCACAAGCGCCGGUGUACUCUUGACCGUGCCAAUUCCCCAUAUAAAGCCAUCCACUCAGAGGAUGUCCCAGCCGCCGAUCGUAACUGGUAUUCCCCACGGACACACUGGCCACGUGCGUUUCCUAACAUGCGUGGAAACAUCGAGUCCAUCCAAACCGGAUCCACGUCCGAAAGUGAACCGAUACUCCCUGAAAUCCAACAAGAACCAACAAAAUAACAUCAAUCGCGGGAAACUUCUCGUGAUAUCUGGCGGCGAUGGCUACGAGGAUUUCAGAGGACCUCAAGCUUCCGCUGAGCUGCAGGCUGGUCGCGAAGACUCGACCAAUCAUCUGCUGCUUUGGAAGGUGUGAUGUGAUCUAGUACGACCCUCGGCAAGGGUCGCAGUUCACGCACGUCGGCAUGACACGCCGUGGGAAUCGUUGUUACAUGUGCAUAGAGCACGUGGUCGGGUCCGGCAUCGUCCGAUCGUGGCUGUUCAGGACGUAUUCGCCCGACGAUUUUUCAGGGAACGCGGGAAGGUUCUCUGGCUCGUUGUAGCCGAGUGGAUCAAGAGCAGAAUGAAGGAGGUUCGUUAUUUGCAAGGUGCCAAGAGGUACGGGUUCCACAGCGUGAUAGAACCCGAGUAGGUAUUUUUCACGAGUUACCUUUGAUGCUGACGAGCGAUCAGACUUCUGGAUCGAGUGGUUCGUUUGACAGUUGUUGAAUCGUUUUAGACCAAGGUGUGACAGAGACGUGUAAACGAUUUACUGGAACCAGAUCAGAGUACAAACAAAGCCCCAUUGAAACCGAAGCCUUCAGACUCUGAAAUUCACUAUUUAGAUUCUACAUAGACUCGUUCGGGAAAAAGAAGCAAAUAUUGAUCGAUUCGUGUUGUUUCGAUAAAUCGGGUUUCAGGAAAUCGUUUAACAAAAGAUUUGUAUUUUUGCACUGGAUCGAGAGAAGGUUUCGCGACGUUGAAUCGUGUUUGUCACGCGAUUCCGUUUACUAUCGAUGUAUUUCACUGUUCGUCGAAGAGGAAUAUUGAGAGGACUAUCGUUCCCCGGGGACGCGCGUACGUGCCCCGAGGAACAGUAACUAGGAAGCCGUAAUGAAGUACGAUACCUGGAAGAGCGUUGAUUCGAGCUUAUUAUACAACCGACACUGGCCUAACAUAAACGUAGACGCUAAAAGGAAACUAGAAAGAGACUAAUCCAAUGAAUUGUGCCAAAACGAAUUUAUCAUUCUCCAUCGAUCGACGCUGCGCAAGAACUGACGUACUUCAUUAUCCGUUUCAUUAACCGACGUAAAACUGAAUGUGUUCGUGUGAAACCGUAAUGGGGAUUUAUUCAGAUCGCAGACGCUGGAUGCGAGUAAUCUUUUUCGAAUUGAAAUGUCUCUCCAGCGACGUUGUUACGCGAUCGCUCAAAUCGAGAAGAUAGAAAAGUAUCUGUUCCUCCGAAUUACAUGAAAAGGGGAACGGUCGAAGUAUUUGAAUUUGUUGAAUGAAAGAAUCGGUGAUACUAUGUAUUCGGUGAGAUUGUUUGUCCGCUUUUAUUCGCGAGGAAAUUGUUGUCGGGGAGUCGAAUGUGAAAGAGUAAUUUCGGUGUCGCGGGAAUAUUUUUAUCCGAGAGGAAAUGGAAAUUUUUUGAGGCUUCGCCGCGAUGAUUGUCUCGGAAAUGCAUCGUUCAAUUGUCGGUGAGCUAAAUCGGGGGUUGCGAAAUUCGAGAGGCCACUUCGUAUAGUUUCCCCUGGUCCAGGGUACUUUUGUUUAAGUCUUUUAAGCUCUUUAUACCUUCCGCGCGUUUUAUUCGCUUAAAUGAUUUAAGCGACUCGUCUACUUUUUCUACGAUACUCCGACGAUCCAUGAAAAUAUCAACCAUGUUAUCAACAUAUAGCAUAUUUGACAAUAAUUAAUUGAUAUCGAUUAGUCGAGUGAUUCUACGCGAGACCAAGUAUUUACCGACGCACCGACGAUGUCAACUGAUGCACGAAGAAGCCCUUUUGUUCGCGUUCCUCGUUUCCGUUCAUCGUGUUUCCCAUACCACACGGAUUUAGAAUGUCGUUUAGAUUCCUCGGACCGCGGAUAUCCUUCGGCUUGGACUACUUCAUCAUAGAGAUUGUUGUUGUAAUGGUUCACUUGUCUUUUCUACAGCACGACCUAUCGCUGAAUAAGGAUCUCAAAUUUCUUGUAAAUAGUUAUAAUAUUGGGAUCAUUGAUUUUUGUACAAUAUACUUUUAGUUGGAUUUAGAAAUGAGGAAAGAAAUUUUUUAAGGUAAGGGGAUCAUUGACAAGAAAUACGAUAUUGAUUCUGUAUGCAAGAAACAGAACAUUAAUAUCUAUAGAUUAAAAAGAACAGAUGAAAUGUUGCCGGCACAUGAUCAAGAGAAUGGGAACAAGUACUUGUUAGCGAUCUAUAAAUUGAUCUUUAAAUUGGGUUUGCUGCACAAGUGGCAAAUUGUACGAUGCACCAUAUAAAUCUCAAUUGUAAGAGAUUACAUUUUGGACAUCAUUUAUUUUAGAAUUAUUAUCAGCUAUAAAUGUUCUUUAAUCAUUAGAGCAUAAACUAAUGAAAUAUUAUUAUAAAAUUAUAUUUAAAAACAGCCUAAACUUAUUUAAUUUAUAGUAUCAUUUUGAAUGAAACUGUACUUUGAAGUACUUUCAGGAUAUAGAGACUUAAGAAAACUUACUAUUAAAUAUGUAAAGAAUUAUAAUUAUGUUUCUCUUAUUAAUUUUGUUUAAUUAGUUGUCCCUCUCAUUCCAUCUCUUGACCAGCUUGAUAAUAUGAAAGUUCGCCCUUGUUAUCUUACCAGAAAGUUAAACAUUCACGUAAUGUGAAAGUUACAAUCAAAUUGCAUAAAUUACAAUGAAACCACCAGCGUGAAACAUUUUUUUUCUAGGUAUCAUAAAGAAUUGUUUACAUUUAUUGACCCCAAUAUUAUGACUUCUCCUUAAGUAAAACGCAAUGUACAUUCUUACCUUACAAUAUUUGUAUGUCCACCACCGCAUGUUAUCUCAAACUGAAAAACAUUAACCUUCAGCGUGAAAUCUUCCGAAACAGAGCACAAGCCCGUCACCUAAUUGUAAAAUACACAUGGAAGCAGCGAUGAAAAUGGUAUUGAAACAUAUUGCACUAAUUUUAAGAGUGGCAUCGUUUUACUAGAAGAGCCGGUAUCGUUUCGUUUCGCACGUUCCAAGACUGACCAUAAUCUCUGAAAACGAUACGAAACACAAUAUCACGUAGUGUCGUAAAAAUAUAAUAAUCUAACGAUUUUGCUAUAAUAUUCUGAUACACUUAGGAAUUCGAUUUUCGUAAUCAAACUGGCUCAAAUUGAAAAACGAUCAAUGCUUAAAUCGCUCCUCGAAUAGUUUUCAGACCUUUUCGAUGUGUUUCUCCCUACAUCUGUGUAUGUGACAAGCUUUCCAUAAGCCUACUGCUCGACGAACAUGCACGUUCCGAUAAUUCAUGCCGCUUUUUCUGUAAUCGAACAAGUAACAAGCGGCAAGUAUUAUUGAACAUGUUGAUUGCUGAAUAAUUUCCCAAUAUCUUACUCCUCACGCUGAAACUGUUCAAAAAAUGAAAUACAGCAGAACCUCGAUUAAACGUAUCGCUGUUUUUCUCGAUUUCGAUCGUCCAAUGUUUUAUUUAUCCGCUCACUUGAAAAUUUGAAUUCUUACAUUAUACAUCGAAAUAUGUGCGAUUACAAAGUAUAGAAAAUCCAAGGUAAUCCGACCAUAGGGAGAAAUCGAACGAGAAUCGUUUGGAAAUAAAUAAAAAUAUAGGAGGAUUCUGUAUCUCAUUUAAAUAAAACGAAUGAAUCAGUUUAUUACAUAUCUCACAUAGAUAAUUAUUGAAAAACCAUCAUUAAGUUAUAAUAUUAAUUUUGAUAGUUUAAUAUGAAUAUGUGGUUGAACUUAUUUUGAAGAAUUCCUCCUCGAAUCUCCAUUUAUCUGAACUCUUAAUCACCCAUUUAAAUAAGAUAAUUGAAGUUUUACUGUAUACGUAACAAUAAAAUAACGUGCAAAGUUUUUUAAUUAAAUUAAUCAUCACAAUUUACGCGUUCAUCUCGCUAAAUGUCAUCGCGUCACGUCACAUCGUUAAUGACAUUGAAAACUUCGCGAACAAUUAUCAUUUAGCUGAACGAACCGCUGUAAUUCACCUCGUUAAGGGUCACUGACGACCCACGCGACGUUCAACGCAUAAAAUCGGAGCGUGAGAUUCACCAGCAACGUUCUCCAACCGUGUACAGAUUUUGUAUUUUAGUUUGUCGGUGUGAUUUCCAUUAUCCUGCGAGACGUACAAGUUUCUACGCGCAGACGAGUGUCACGAUCGCCCGAAAUAGAUCCAACAGAACCGUCGGAAAUGAGAAUCCGAUGGCGAGAGACUCUGCUUUCGACAAUUCGUCUUUCACGAAAUGAACGUCAGAUUACUCGGCGACACGGUGUAAUCGUGUCGUUGACGCGUUUGCUCGCGUGAUUGAGUGCGUGCGUGCAUGUGUAUGUGUGUGUAUGCGCGCGUGUGCUCGUACGAUUACAGAUCGAGCUGUGUCGUUAACACGUUCGUUGCCGUUGGCUCCUAUCGGCGUCGCUCCGCAGUAUCUAAUAUAUUUCAAUGAAUACCACGGAUUGCUUGAAAAUUAAUUAAGUUACCACUAGACUACGAAUCUGUAUGUAAAUUAAAAUUGUUUUAAUUAUACAUUUGUAAUUUGAGAUUUCAUUCGAAGUAUUUGAGUAUUUAAUUAUAAACAAAAUUACGAUAAACACAUAAGAAUCUCCAGUCUAGUUAUUACAAGUAAACAAUAUAAUACUUUACGAUGCUAUAAGGUGAAAGUGUAUUAUUUCUGCUAUCAUAAAUAAAAAAAUGUGUAUUUAUAUAUAAGCGUAAGAGCAACUUCUAUCGGAGCCGAUUGGUAUCCAUAUUCUAUUCGACGCCGGCAGCGAACGGGUUGAACGGCACGAUCGACAAUAGUCAGAAAGGGAGCCCGAAAGUCCUGCGAAAUUUUUCAUUUCGGUUGUCUCUGUGUUUGUCUAGCAAAUAGGAUGUUGAGAUACUUUGUCAACGAGAAACCGCGACCGCUUCGUCGACGAACGUGGUCGGUUGGACAGUGGAGAGCGGAUAACAAGAAACUAAUAUUAUUUAUUGUAGCUACGUAAGGUAUGCGAAAGUACACAACCAGCUGUAUCGCGAUUGAUACUGUACGAAUGCAUCUGUGGUAUUUUUAGUGUGCAAUAAAACGACAGAAAAAUUGAUGGUGUCAUGUAUACAGCAACGAUCGCGUCCGUAAGUUAUUAUUAAUGUUAUAAGUGUCUAGAGGCGAGGUACGCAACACACCGCAGAAAUAUAUUUGUAUUAUAUGUACUCGUUCCUUCCUAUUGGUGUCGUCAUUUCAUUAUCCCGCGGUCUAACAGUUUCGAAGACGCUCCAGUCAAUUAUUAUUUGACGUUCUUGUUUCGUUGUCUAUUAGUCGAAUAAAAAUUAAUCCUGGAUAAACACGCCGUGUCUUUUGUCAUCCGUUCGACAUCCUAGAAUCUAACGCACUCCAGCUUCUUUGUGGAAAUUGACAUCUUGAGAAUAAAGUUGUACGUAUAUUUUGUUUGUUUUGUUUCUAUCUCUAAACAUGUUUAGAACACAAGAACGUAUGAAAGAAUACAUGUAGUUCAGAAUCUAUGAGAACUUGUUGUGCUUAAGUUCGAGUAAGAUAUUUUGAAUUAAAUUUGAGGAUUUGACGUGUUCUGGCAUCAGUUUCUAUGCAUGUAUGUCCUAAGUAUACUUCCAGGGUUAAUCAUUAAAAAUUAAAAAAACUUUUAUUCAUUUCUUAGGCUUCAUCUCUCCAAGUAAAAAGUAAAUACUUUUUAAUCAAAUCUAAGUAACGAAUUAAUAAUAUAAAAUGAUAUUUUACUGUACUCUUAUACAAUUAUUUUCUUUUUUAAUAACCAAGGAUUGUUAUUCUUCGUUUCAUAAUAACUAUAUAUUUUUCGACAAUAGUAGCAGGAAAUUUGAAUGCAAUAUGAAAAUAAUUUGUGUGUAGUUUUUAUUAAAAAAAAAAUAUUCACGGUUUAUUCAUAUUUUUUUUACAAACACUGUAGAAUAUCGUAAAAUAUAUACGACUUUGAAUAACACCGGCAGACAUGGUAAAAUUACUUUUCAAAAUAACAACUAUUGAGUAUACAUUACAAAACUGUUGGUAAUCUGUAUACGUGUAUAAGUAAUUCCAUCGUUGUAUAUGUUCAAAAAUAUAUAUAUGUAUGUAUAUA